UCAGUUGAGUUUUGGUUACUGCCGCCAACGGUUUGCAAGAAGAAAGUGAGCGCGUGUCGAGAUUCUUGUGGCGUUUUUUGGUGGGGCCAACUUCGUGGGCGAUUGGCAGCAAACAUAAACAAACGAAGUGCGACUUUCCUCGGAACCAGCUAAUUGAUAUCACGGACAUGGGCCGGCUAGACUUUGGCCACUUUUGGCCUGGCCCAAAGCAAGCGGAAGCAUUCAAGCCGCAAAAAACAUUGUGAGAACUCCAGGGGAAAUGUAACGAAUUGUGUGCGAAAAGAAUUGUACAAGGAAGUAGAGCAAAAAUCAAGCAACACGAAUAUAUAUAUAUAUCUAUAUCCCAGUGGGAGUCGUGUGUGUGUGUCUGUGCCAGUGUGUGUGUUAGUCUGGGGCAGGGCAAAUAAAUGCUCGUGCUACGCUUUUUUAGCCAGUUUAUCUUAAGGCGAAAUACUGUAAAAAAUUGUAAAAUGGAUUUACGUUUCGUAUUCAUCGUUUUCCUGCUCAAGUGGACCCAUGCACAAGGUUCCCAUCCGCCGCGAAUAGUGGAGCAUCCCAUAGAUACGACAGUGCCACGACACGAGCCAGCCACGCUUAAUUGCAAAGCCGAGGGCAGUCCCACGCCCACCAUCCAGUGGUACAAGGACGGGGUGCCCCUGAAGAUCCUGCCGGGCUCCCAUCGCAUCACCCUGCCGGCUGGCGGAUUGUUUUUCCUCAAGGUUGUCAAUUCACGUCGCGAAACAGAUGCCGGCAUCUAUUGGUGUGAGGCGAAGAACGAACUGGGCGUGGCAAGGAGUCGAAAUGCCACGUUGCAAGUGGCGGUUCUCCGCGAUGAGUUUCGCCUAGAGCCGCAGAACACACGGAUCGCCCAGGGCGAUACCGCCCUCCUCGAGUGCGCCGCACCUCGGGGAAUCCCCGAGCCCACAGUCACCUGGAAGAAGGGCGGACAGAAAUUGGAUUUGGAGGGCUCGAAGCGAGUACGCAUCGUUGACGGCGGCAAUUUGGCCAUCCAGGAUGCCCGGCAGACUGACGAGGGUCAAUACCAGUGCAUAGCCAAGAAUCCCGUCGGGGUGCGCGAGUCCUCGCUGGCCACUCUCAAAGUGCACGUCAAGCCGUACAUCAUCCGUGGGCCACACGAUCAAACGGUUUUGGAGGGAGCCUCGGUGACCUUUCCCUGUCGAGUGGGUGGUGACCCCAUGCCGGACGUGCUGUGGCUGCGAACUGCCUCUGGUGGUAAUAUGCCAUUGGAUCGCGUGAGUGUCCUGGAAGAUCGAAGCCUAAGACUAGAAAGGGUCACCAUUGCCGAUGAGGGUGAAUACAGUUGUGAGGCGGACAAUAUUGUGGGUGCUAUUACGGCCAUGGGCACUCUAACUGUUUACGCCCCCCCGAAAUUCAUCCAACGUCCUGCGAGCAAAUCCGUGGAACUGGGCGCCGAUACAUCGUUCGAAUGUCGAGCUACUGGCAACCCGAAGCCAACCAUCUUUUGGACCAUCAAGAACAACAGCACCCUGAUAUUUCCUGGAGCCCCGCCCUUGGAUCGAUUUCAUAGUUUAAACACCGAAGAAGGUCACUCGAUACUUACAUUAACCAGAUUCCAAAGAACGGACAAGGAUCUGGUGAUACUGUGCAAUGCCAUGAACGAAGUGGCCAGCAUUACGUCGAGGGUGCAACUGAGUUUGGACUCGCAAGAGGACCGUCCACCACCCAUAAUAAUCUCGGGUCCUGUGAACCAAACACUGCCCAUUAAAUCACUGGCAACACUCCAGUGCAAGGCAAUAGGUCUGCCAAGUCCAACGAUAUCGUGGUAUCGCGAUGGCAUACCAGUGCAACCCAGUUCCAAGUUGAACAUAACAACAUCCGGGGAUUUGAUAAUAUCAGACCUGGAUCGUCAACAGGAUCAGGGUUUGUACACAUGUGUGGCCAGUUCACGGGCUGGAAAGUCCACUUGGAGUGGCUUCCUCAGGAUAGAGCUGCCCACCAAUCCGAAUAUAAAAUUCUACAGAGCCCCGGAGCAGAAUAAAUGCCCCACGGCACCGGGACAACCGAAAGUUCUGAAUGCCACUGUUUCGGCCUUGACAAUUGUUUGGCCCACAAGUGACAAAGCGGGAGCCUCAUCGUUUCUGGGUUAUAGUGUGGAAAUGUACUGUACGAAUCAGAGCAAAACUUGGAUACCCAUUGCAUCGCGAUUAAGUGAACCAAUCUUUACCGUCGAGAGUUUAACCCAGGGAGCAGCCUAUAUGUUCAUAGUUCGUGCGGAAAACUCCCUGGGUUUUUCACCACCCUCUCCCAUUUCGGAACCCAUAACGGCGGGAAAACUUGUGGGCGCUCGGGAUGGUAGUGAAAACUCUGGAACCUCACAGCUACUUCUCAGCGAUGUGGAAACCCUACUCCAGGCCAACGAUGUCGUGGAAUUACUGGAGGUGAAUGCCAGUGACUCCACAACCGCCCGACUUUCUUGGGACAUAGACAGCGGCCAGUACAUCGAGGGUUUCUACCUGUAUGCCCGCGAACUUCACUCCACCGAAUACAAAAUGGUGACCCUACUGAACAAGGGUCAAGGACUCAGCUCCUGUACGGUGCCUGGAUUGGCAAAAGCCUCUACAUACGAGUUUUUUCUUGUGCCAUUUUACAAGAGCAUCGUAGGCAAGCCCUCGAAUUCGCGACGCGUGAGAACCUUGGAAGAUGUUCCAGAGGCGCCACCUUAUGGCAUGGAGGCCAUCCAAUUCAAUCGCACCUCGGUCUUUUUGAAAUGGUUACCACCGCAACCCAACCGGACUCGAAAUGGCAUCCUCACCAGCUACAAUGUGGUCGUCAAAGGCCUGGACGUGCACAAUACGACGCGGAUAUUCAAAAAUAUGACCAUAGAUGCGGCCACGCCCACUCUGCUCCUGGCCAACCUCACCACAGGAGUCACCUACUAUAUCGCAGUGGCGGCUGCCACGAGGGUGGGAGUCGGACCCUUCAGCAAGCCCGCCGUCCUCCGCAUCGAUGCACGCACCCAGUCCCUGGACACCGGCUACACGAGAUAUCCCAUCAGUCGUGAUAUUGCCGAUGACUUUUUAACACAGACCUGGUUUAUCGUCCUGCUGGGCUCCAUCAUUGCCAUAAUUGUGUUUCUAUUGGGCGCAUUGGUUCUAUUCAAGCGCUAUCAAUUUAUCAAGCAGACCUCGCUGGGCAGUUUACAUGGCAAUCACGCAAUCGGAACCGUGCGAAAGUUUCCAACAUUGCCGCUAAAUGGAGGCGGAGCCGUCGGUGCCGUUGGCUCAAAUUCGACAGCCGCCAACGGUCCCAAUGGCCUGUGGAUCGAUCCCACCGGCGGGGUUUGGCGACAGGGAGCGGGUUCGGGAAAUGGGAACCCAGGUGGAGCAGGGCCGAAUGGCACAUGUACGACAAAGGAGCAACUUCCGGGAUACGCACAGGCCACCGCCCAACAGGGACCACAGCCCACCCUGCUGCCCGAUUACGAGAGACUGUCGCCGCUGAAUAUGCCGGAUUACGCGGAGGUCGCCUGCUCCACAUUCAAGAGUCCCACCCACGGAGCACCCGCGAUGGGAGUGGGUGGUGGUGUGGGUGGUGGCCAGUCGGCAUCGCUGUAUGACAGCUGCGGGGCCUAUGCCACCACCAAUGUGGUGGCCAAUGUCAAGCUCUACCAGAAUCGAUAUGCGACAAAGCCCGGCCAAAACGGCAGCAGCAAUAACAACAAUCACCAGAGCAAUGACUACCAAUCGACGGGGAUGUAUUCGGCACCGCCAAGUGCCCAUUAUGGAUGCCUGGAACAGAAGCAGCAGCAACAGCAACCCAAUCUGAUGACAACUUCAACGGCCAGUACGGCCAUUCUGACGGCCUCUCCUGCAAAAGCGAAAAAGAUCAACAUAACCGAGAACAAGAUGGAUCAAUUGGAGGGCAAGUCGGAGCGGACGAAUCCGUUCAACCAGCAGCAGCAGCUGCUCCUGGCCAGCAAUGCCCUGAAACAGGGACUGGGUGCGUAUGCCAACACCACUCUGGCGGCCCAAAUGGCCAGUGGCGGUGGAGCGGGAACCCUGAGGCGCCAACGUCAGCCCAAGACGCUCUACAAAAGCGAGAAUAAUAUACUGGGAAAAUCCGGUCUGAGGCAGGGAAACAUGAAUGCGAAUGCUAAUGGUUGCAGCAACGGGACCAUGGACUUUCUAACCGGAGGACCGCCCUCGGAAAAUGGGGACUUCUCUGGACUGGGUCUGUGCAACUCCACCAAUCAACUGCUUAAUGAUUGGGCCUCCAGUGCCUCGAUCGCCGCUCCCGGGGACUAUCAUUUUGGCAGCAAGCAGCCCAGCAAACAGCAUCUGUAUGUGAAGGCCAAGGAUGGGACUUGGUCGGCGGUCAGCUCGGAUGCCUACCAAUCCUUCAAGCACCAACAGCAACAUCAUCCAUUCCUGGCCGGAUCAGGUGACAACAAUAAGUCCUUAGCUAGUGUAAACAGCUUAGCUGGCGAUAGCAAAUUCCUGAGUAGUUUUGGCACUAGCGCCAAUGUCUAGGCCAUGGCUUAGAAAUCAACUUUGAAGCUUGGGUCAAUAGAAAGUUGCUCAAUAAGUUAGAGGAUGGUAUUAUGGAGAUAAGUUGUAGGCAUAUAUCAGUUGGCAGGAGGAAGUUGGGUUGUGGAAUGUUGUGAGGGUUAAUGGGAGGGGUUUCUUAUUCAUUCCUUUAAAUAUAAUAUAUAUUCCCCUUAUCAAUUGAUAAAAAAAUCUAUAGAACAAGCUCUGUAAUUGAGUGGUAAUGACAAUUUCAAAAAUAUUCAGUACUCUAGAUUCCUAUAGAUCAACGUUUAUUAAUUCUAGAACUCCUUCUCUUCUCACCUUUAAAAACCUACCCAUAGCUCUCGUAGACUUCCACCAAGUUUAUCUGUAAGUUGACCCUGUGAAAACCAGAAGAUAAUCCCCCAAACCAAAAACAACAACGAAAUGUAUGUAAAGAAAUACAGAAAACCCCGGAAAGAUUGGCUUGUAAAUAUAAUUGCCCUUACUUUACCCUAUAUAUAAAGACCUUAACCCCUAAAGCAUUUAGAAUAUUGCAUUUGGAAGAAGCAAAAUAUAAUAUUUAUUGACACCAGAAACCAGAAACCGACUCAAAAUAGCACAGAAGUAGUUAAAGUAAGUACAGCAAGUAAAAUCUUCAAGAGUUUGUAGCAAAACACCAAGAACUUUUGCAGAAAGUGUUCCCACAGAAAAGAAAAACCAAUGUUAAAGCCAAACGAGAAUACCCAACCCUAACGAGAAUAUAUUACUUAGAGUUACAAAAAACAAAGCACGAUGUAAUUAGUUGUGUGUUGGAAAAAUAAUGAAAACUCACCUCCCGCAAAAAAAGCUAAACAAAUGCUAAUAAUAAGGCUGUUAAAUGUAAAAUAUCAUAAAUGAUUCAAGAAUGAAUGACUAAAUCUACAUUUAAACCAUGUAAUUAAAGCAUUAAAAUGUAAUUUACUGACACUAGAUUUAGUUUGAAUAGCUAAAAAAAAGAAAACUGAAAAGAGAGAGAAAGCGAAAGUGGAGGGAUUACAGCAAAUAAGAGGAUUUAGCUGAAAAAGAGAAAAUAAAUUAAACUAAUCAAUUAAUUGAUAAAUUAUGCAAUGAGAAAACCUAAAAAUAAAGAGAAAAAAUAUGAAAAGCAAACUAUACCAGACCAAAUGCAGUGCGUUUCGUAAUAUUAAGGUAUAUU